AUGGCCGCCACCACCCCCAAGAAGCUCCGCAUCGCCGUGAUGCUCGAAAUGGUCCAGCUCUCCGACAUCAUGGGCAUCGACAUUUUCGGCAACCUCUCCCAGGAAUACAUGAGCCAGAUCCACCACUUCGAGCCCGCCUGGGCCGCCUUCGCGCCGCACGCCGUCGAGAUGGAGUUCUUCUUCCUGGCCACGACGCUGGAGCCGGCGCACAUGACGCCCGGGCUCAAGUUCGUGCCCAACAUGACGUACGACGACUGCCCGCGCGACCUCGACAUCGUCAUCGUCGGCGGCACCUUCUUCUCGCACCGCCCGGCCGCGGCCGACCGCUUCAUGAAGGAGGCCUGGCUCAGGACCCGCGUGUGGAUGACCACCUGCACGGGGAGUGUUUGGUUGGCGAGUACCGGCUUGUUGGAUGGCCGGAAGGCGACCACGAAUAGGGAGGGGUUGGCGAUUGCGAAGAAGCUGUGCCCGGAUGUGGACUGGCAGGAUCAGCGCUGGGUGGUGGAGGAGAAGCCGUUUGAUGGGGAGGGCAAGGGGGAGUUGUGGACUGCGGGGGGUGCUGGAGCCGGUCUCAACAUGAUUGCUACGUAUUGCAUGGAGAACUUUGACAAGGAGUUUGUCACGACGCUGGCUCUGAAGCCAUUGGAGUUCCGCCUGGAUGGCAACAUGAGCCAGUUCUACCUGGCUUGA